GGUCGCCUUGGCAACGCGGCGGCCGCGGCCUGCGGAGCGAGCGGAGCAUGAGCAGCAGCGAGGAGGGGGCGGCCCCGGCCCCCGCGGUGCGGCGCGCUCCAGAAUCUAUUGCCGGUCUCCAGGAAGAUUAUUCUAAUUUGUGUAUGGAAAAAUCCCAGAAAAUUAAUCUUUUUAUAUCGCAUAUACUCCAAGAAGUGGAUGAAAAAGUUAAAAAGGGACUAGAAGAAGAAAUAACAUUAACCAUUGCUGGUAACAAUCGCUUAGUGCCAGUAGAAAGAGUAACAGGCGAAGAUUUUUGGAUUCUUUCCAGAAUUUUAAAGAAACAUCUAUAUAUUAAUGGUUUGGAUGUUAGAUAUAACCUCCUAAGUGAUGAUGGUGCAUACUAUGCUGCAAAACUGCUUCAGAAGCAACUUAAUCUCAUUUAUUUAAACCUUAUGUUUAAUGAUAUUGGGCCUGAAGGUGGAAAGUUGAUUGCUAAAGCACUACAUAAGAAUACAACUCUGAAAUACCUAAGAAUGACUGGAAACAAGAUUGAAAAUAAGGGUGGAAUGUUUUUUGCUUCAAUGCUGCAAAUUAAUUCAUCCUUACAGAAAUUAGAUCUGAGUGAUUGUGAUCUGGGGAUGCAGAGUCUGAUAGCAUUUGCUACAGUACUAACCCAAAACCAAGCAAUUAAGGGAAUACAUCUUAACCGACCUAUACUGUAUGGAGAACAGGAAGAGUCCACAGUCCAUCUAGGCUACAUGUUGAAAGAAAACCACUGCCUUGUUGAACUACACAUGUGUAAGCAUGGCAUAAAAAACUGUGGUUUACAACAGCUGUGUAAUGCACUGUAUCUGAACACUACUCUGCGUUACCUGGAUGUCAGCUGCAAUAAAAUAACUUGUGAUGGAAUAGAGUAUUUGGCUGAGGUACUGAAAAGCAACACUACCUUGGAAGUAUUAGAUCUUUCUUUCAACAGAAUAGAAAAUGCAGGAGCAAACUAUCUCAGUGAAACUCUUACUUCACACAACAGGAGUCUUAAAGCGUUGUCAGUAGUGAGCAACAACAUAGAGGGAGAAGGACUUGUUGCACUUUCAAAAUCAAUGAAAACAAAUCCCAUAUUCUCUAAUAUCUACAUUUGGGGAAACAAAUUUGAUGAGGCUACAUGUGUAGCAUAUUCAGAGUUAAUUCAAAUGGGCUGUCUAAAACCAGAUAAUACAGAUGUGGAGCCUUUUGUGGUGGAUGGACACGUGCAUCUUUCAGAGGUCUCCAAUGGCCUUAAAAAGCAUUAUUAUUGGACACCAGCUUAUGGAGAAGCUUAUGGUCCCUCAUCUAAUGCAGGUUUUGCUCUUACUCAAGUAGGUCAACAUAUAUGAAAAAGAAGCUUUAAGAUAAUUUUCGUACAUUUAUCUUAGUAUUUUCAGAGAUUAAUAUUUAAAUUAAAUUUGCCUAUUAAAGCCUACUAAAUGUUUUCUUUCAUAAAUUAAAACAAGUUACUUUUUUCAAAUGUGUAAAAGAUAAUGCCUGUAUUAAACUUUGUAUAAUCCUCUAU